AUGAAUCAACAGAAGAAACGCACAGCUACCGAGUAUUCAAGUGAUUCAAAACGUCGCACUGUGAAACAGCCGAAUGACAACAAAGAGGAGUUAGUGUUUGAAGACCCAUUUGGAGAUGACAUGGAGGACGAAGAGAUGAUUGAGAGUGACGAUGAGGAGGAGGUUAUAGACGACAAGAUGAUUACGGAAAAGGAUGUGGAUAUGGACAAGGAUGAGCAGACGGAGAAGCAAGUAAAGAAGGUUUUCAUGCCUGGUGUGGAUAAGCUGGAAGACGACGAAGUUCUAGACUACGAUAGCAGUGCCUAUGAUAUGUACUACGCCAUGACGGCCGAGUGGCCCUCGCUUAGUAUUGAUGUUGUACGCGAUGACCUUGGUGCUGUACGCUCACGCUUCCCAAUGACAAUGUUCAUGGUGGCCGGUACACAGGCGACCAAUACGGAUGACAACCAGAUCACAGUCAUGAAGAUGUCGGAGCUACACAAAACCAAGCGUAAGGAUGACUUGGAAUCAGAAGGUGAAGACUCGGAAGACGAGGACGAGACGGAGGGAGACCCGGUACUCGAGUCUCGUUCCAUCCCACACCCGGGCGGUGUGAACCGCAUCCGCUGCAUGCCGCAGUCCUCGAAUAUUGUAGCUACCUGGUCGGACCGCAAGAAGGUGCAUCUUUGGGAUAUUGCCAAGCAACUUGAGUCACUGGACGGCAAGGCGGGUGCUCCACUGCCAGCUAAGCAGGCGCCUGUGCACACAUUCUCAGGACAUGCUGAUGAGGGUUUUGCCAUGGACUGGUCUCCUGUACAGUCUGGUCGUUUGGUAACGGGUGAUUGCAGCAAAUAUAUCUACCUUUGGGCCAACUCGGAUGGUGCAUGGAGCGUUGACAAAGUGCCGUUUACAGGCCAUAAGAGCUCAGUAGAGGACCUACAGUGGAGCCCAACGGAGGCAACAGUAUUUGCUUCGUGCUCGUCUGACUGCACCAUACGUAUUUGGGACAUUCGGCGAAAGGCUGGUAGUAUGCUGGAUGUCACUGCUCAUGACGACGACGUGAACGUGAUUACAUGGAACCGCAACGUUGCGUAUCUGUUGGCAUCUGGCUCGGACGAUGGAUCAUUCAAGAUUUGGGACUUGCGUAACUUUAAGGCCAAUAAUCCGGUGGCGCACUUCCGAUAUCACACGGCGCCGGUCACAUCAAUCGAGUGGCAUCCAACGGACGAGUCAGUACUUGCUGUAUCAGGUGCAGACAACCAGAUUUCAAUUUGGGAUAUGUCUGUGGAAGAAGACGCUGAGGCUGCUGGUGUACCUGUCCCAGAAGAGAACAGCGAGGCAAAGCUUGAUCUGCCACCCCAGUUGUUGUUUAUCCACCAAGGUCAGACUGACAUUAAGGAGCUACAUUUUCAUCCACAAUGUCCAGGUGUGAUUAUGAGCACGGCUGGUGACGGCUUUAACGUUUUUAAGCCUGCUAAUAUUUCGUAA